AUGGACGACGAAACCCACACGACCUGCUACAUCUUCAAACCCACAAGUCAAGCGACCGAAGAGAUCGAUGGGAGACCGCAGAAGAGGCGGAAGUUGAGCAAAGUCCCUUCGAAGGGUCCUGUCCAAGAAGAAUACUCAUGGCCACGAUUGCUGAGCGGGCAAGAGUCUGAGGAUGCUGCCGCACUGCGAAAACUCCAGUUUGAGUCGGUAUGGGCCAAACAAGAGGAGAAAAUCAACAGCAUUGUCGAGGUGGUAGACGAAAGGUUUGUUGGGCCUGUCAUAAGAUUUGCGCGCACCCAGGGUGCAGGUAGUCUUCGGAAGCACAAGAGACUGAAGACUGCGUUGCUUGCCUUGGGCCCAAGCAGAAACCAUCACCAUGACCUUCACAAGAUAUGGAAAAGCACAACGAAAGGGAACGUGCAAGACGAACCGGAGUUGCUCGUCACUCUGCAACCGGCUCACUGCCCGAACAUUCAGACUGCAUUGAAGAACCUCGUCAGAUCGGCGAUGUCUGGACGAGACGGAGUUGAGAAGUACACAGAAUUUCUGAACGAGCACAAAUCCCUUAUCCCCAUGCCCUUCGAUCUGGAGUUGCUGCAGCGGUACGUCCAGCGUCACCACGUCGAGCGAGUGGUGAUAUCCAUCAUGGAUGCCGAGGGAUUCGACAACGCUGUCCUUUCUGAACUGAUCUCGACUUUGCAGUCCUGGUCAGACCGAAUUCCGAUUGUGCUUUUCAUCGGCAUAUCGACGACGAUUGAACUGUUUGAGUCUCGACUAUCUAGAUUGACGGUUUCAAUGCUCGAUGCUCAAAUCUUUGAACCGAGCCCAGACUUUAACUUGGAAGAUGGCCUUUUCAAGUUGUACUCCACAAUACAGCACGACCAAAAUGCAGAAGUGUUCCUUGGUCCGUCGGUCGUCAACGUGCUGGCCGCAUUGGCUGAAGACCAAGGCACCACACCGACAACAUUCGCUCGGGCCAUCAAAUACGCUCACAUGUGUCACUUCUUCGCGAACCCUCUCUCAAUAUUGUCCACCGAAACCAGGACGAAGUCGCCAUCAUGGAGCCCGGCGCUGUGCCAAGCUAUCCGCAACCUCGCCAGCUUCCGGUCUUACUGCGAAGCGCUGGUGGCAAAUGGCGGCGACAAGACGCAGCGGGAGGCCGUCCGGCGCCUGCUUGCGUCCGACGAUGAACUUGAAAAGGCAGCUGUCCAAGCAAUGGAAUCAGGGAAACGAAUCAUGCGAUCAAGUCUGUCCGCAAUCUCCACCCUGAGAUACAUCUACCACUGCACACUCAAGCUGGAAGCGUACACGACGUGGGAGAGCGAAAUGCAUCUCCUGCACUCCCUGCCUGACCUGACUCGAUCAGAAAUCUUCGAGGCCAUCGAAGACAAACUCAAAAGCCCCCCGUCUGGGACGCCCGUCGCUCAAAUGCUCGAGGAGGGUGCCCCAGAACUGGAGGAUCUGCGAGUCUACCAGCGGUCCUCUGCACAAGGAUCAGAGACGGAGGCAGAACCAGAGACCGAUCCACCCGCUUCUGCCGCGGAAAAAGUCCUAGCCAUCCUGCGCGGAUACAUCGAAACCCGAACAUCCUCCUCAUCAUCCCAUUGCGUCGACCACCUCAAUCUCAACCCCUUCCGCCACUUCCUGGCCGAGGCAUACACCAUGACGCAAAAGUCCCCGCUCUCCCAAACCAUCCACCCACAACCGCGCCACUGCAUCGAGCGCGCCCUGACUCGCCCCGGAGACUACCUUGGCUGCUCAUGCUGCGCGGUGUCUCACAGCAACGCAGGCACUGUAGGAGGACGCCAUGAUGUACCGGGACCGGACAACAAGGCGCGCCUCCCACCCACGAGCCUGCUGCUGAGCAUGCUCAACGAAGCGGGCGCGGUGGUCAACGUGCGGGACCUGUGGGAUGCGUUUCGGGACACGCUCGCGUCGCGCAGCAGGGAUUCGCGGCCUGAUGGGGAGGAGGACACCGAAGCCGAGGCGGAUGAACUUGACGAGGACAAUAACGACGACGACGAUAAUGAUGAGAACAAGGACGAGACCAAGGACGAUCAGGUCGUCAGCAGUGACGAGAGGCAGACCCUGGCCCUGUUCUACCGCGCGCUGGCGGACCUGCGGCACUUGGGCCUGAUUAAGCCGAGCAAGCGCAAGCCCGGGGUGGAAUGCGUCGCGAAGACGGCGUGGAUGGGUCUCUGA